GGACCGCGUGGGAAUGGCUGUUCGGUGAUCGGUGGGUUGGGCUGCUUUGAGCGAACCGAGCGUUAAAGAGUUUUUAAUGUCCGCCAUGUUGGCCAUGGCGUACUGAACCACCGAUAGACAGGGAAGCCUCUGAAAAAAAGACCGAAAUAGAGCGAUCAAGAUCCGGGCCUUCCCGGCUCCGUUCGCGACGCCCUAACUUUAGCUUUAAUCAGCCGUACCGUAUAUGUCAGAAUAACCGCACAAUCAUCCAUGAAAGCUCAACUCGAAACCGAUGUGAAUUUAAGGAGAUUGGAUAGAUUUAUGUUGCAUCUCGAAUUUUAAAAAAUGAGUAAAUUGUCGUUUCGGGCACGGGCGCUGGACGCUUCCAAGCCACUACCCGUCUUCCGAUGUGAGGAUUUACCCGACCUGCAUGAAUAUGCAUCUAUUAACCGGGCAGUGCCGCAAAUGCCGACGGGGAUGGAGAAAGAAGAGGAAUCGGAACACCAUCUCCAGAGAGCCAUGUCGGCCCAGUCGGUGUAUGGAGAGAAACACAACAUGGUCAUCCCCGUCCCGGAGGCAGACGGCAACAUCGCCUACUACGAGUCCCUCUACCCCGGGGACUUCAAGAUGCCAAAGCAGCUUAUUCACAUACAGCCUUUCAGCCUGGACACGGAGCAGCCGGACUAUGACCUGGACACAGAGGAUGAGGCCUUUGUUCACAAACUGAAGAAGAAGAUGGAGAUCACCUUUUUACAGUUUGAGGAGAUGAUCGACCGACUGGAGAAAGGCAGUGGGCAGCAGGCGGUGAGCCUGCAGGAGGCCAAGCUGCUGCUGAAGGAGGAUGACGAGCUGAUCAAGGAGGUGUUUGACUACUGGACCAGGAAGAGGAAAAACAACAAGCACGGCACGCUGCACCCCACUGUGAAGCAGGAGAAGAGGGACGGAUCCAGCACCUCAGACCCCUACGUGGCGUUCCGCAGGAGGACGGAGAAGAUGCAGACCAGAAAGAACCGUAAGAACGAGGAGGCUGGUUAUGAGAAAAUGCUGAAGCUGCGGCGGGACCUGAGCCGAGCCGUCACCAUCCUAGAGAUGAUCAAGAGGAGGGAGAAGAGCAAGAGAGAGCUGCUGCACCUCACCCUGGAGAUCGUAGAGAAGAGGAAUGGCAUGUCCGACUUUGGUGGUGAGAUCAUGGCUGAAGUGCUGGCCCAGCGUGCACUGGACAAGCCUGCCCAUAUUAUCCCUCUGGUGCCGCUGACCAACAGCAACCAGUACAGACAUCAGGACCACAUGGACCUCAAGGACUACAAGUCCAAGCCGGAGAAGACAGAGGUCGUCAGGCAGAAGAGGAAGUAUGAGAAGAAGCCUAAAGUCUUACCCCUGUCAGCUGCUGCCCUCCACCACUCUGGUCCCUCUGUGUUCAAUGCUAAGGACGUCCACCAGUAUGACUUCCCCAGCUCAGACGACGAGCUGCACUCCCAGAUGCACUCAGGUUCCUCAGAAGCUGAGGAGGAGAACGACCCAGACGGUUCUUUUGCCUUCCGGAGGAAAGCAGGCUGUCAAUAUUAUGCCUCUCAAUUGGACCACGGGGGCAGCUGGCCGUGGGUCAGUCCGUCAGAGGGCGGCCUGGGAGACACUCGUUACCGCUACUGCCUCACCACCCUCACCGUGCCACCACGCUGCCUGGGCAUGGCGCGACGACGCCUGGGACGAGGGGGAAGGGUUUUGCUGGACAGGGCGCAUACAGACUUUGACAAUGUAUUUCAUGGGCUGGACUCUGAAAUGCUUGACCUGCCGCCCCACUCUCCAGUCACAGACAAGUUUGCUAGUACCUCACAAACAAAUACCUCGGACAGAACCUCUUCUUAUUCAUCCUCUUCUGCAGACCUCAGUCAGAUACUGUUGAACAUUAAGUCGAGCCGAUGGAGGCACUUUAGGCCCCGGACACUAUCACUACACGACGAGGACAACGUGGUCACAGACCCCUUGUUCAGGAGGCUGGGCAGGGGCCUGAGUCGCAUCACCUCUACCCUGGCUGGCACCACUGGCCCCCUGAGAGGAGCUGCCCCCCCGGCCCCCACAGCUGCAUUUACCGCCCAACAAUACCAGCAGCAUCAGGAGCAGCUGGCCUUGAUGCAGAAACAGCAGCUGGAGCAGAUCCAACAGCAACUGCAAGCCAACAGCACCACCACCACUACCAACAGCACGCAGGUUUUGGUGUCCAAGACGUUAGAUUGUGCCUGUGCCCAGUUUGCUGCCUCUGCCCUGGUGACCACAGACCAGCUUCUGGCCUUGAAGAACAAGGAUGAGGGUGGACCGGGCAGCGGGGUCAACGGGGUCCUUCCACCCUCAGGUGUCUACAAGGGCUUUCACCUCACUAGCACAGCAUCCCCGUCGCCCGCAGCCCCCACCCCUACCCCUCUGACCACCACUACCCCCUCCUUCCCCUUCCUGUUGCCCAGCAACAACGGCACCACCACUCAGGUCCUGAUGGGGAACAACAACAACCUCCGUCUGAGCAUGUCCUCCCCUGGGGGACUCCUCACCAAGCGCCACAUACCCCGGACGCUAAGCCACGCUCCCGUUGCCGUGUCGUCAUCUGCCUUAAAGUUGGCUGCCACCGCUAACUGUCAAAUGCCUAAGGUCUCCACAAACACCCCGUCAAUGGACCUGGUGCCAAGGGACAAUCAGGAUCAAGAAAAGCCAGCACUAAACAGCAUUUUGGACAACACAGUGGCUAUGGAGGUCACGUGACCUCGGAACACGGACUGGACUGUGGGCUCACCCGGGAACUCAUUUAGGUGCUAUGCAUCGUAGAGUUGUGAAUGCAAGGAAGGGGUAGUGGAAUGCGCACACAGCAUACAACGCUGUCUCCAUGGUGACGGUCGGGACUUAAUUGCAAUGGUCGUCUCGUACUUUUUUCAUUUCCUAUUUGUUACUGUUGAUAAGAAAUAUCAACAUCUGUAAUUAUGAAUAUGGCAAUUAUUUGUACAGUUCCAGGUAUUUGUAAUACCCCCCCUUGUAUAUAAUGUUACUUGAAUACGGAAAUUGUUCAUUUGAUGUUUUGCACUUGGGAUUAAAAAAAAAAAAAUGUAAAAAGACAAACUGCAGCUGGUUGGAGUGUGAGGUGGGUGUGAGUUGUACAACAGUGUCAUCACGUCAGUGCAUGGUGUGGAACCUGCAGUUUUAUCUAUUGUGCCGUGUUUACAGUUUGUUUGUUUUUCUACGUUUUGUUAUUUUUUUUGUCCACUGUACCCUCAUUGGUUCCUGUGCUGUAGUCUGGGUUUAGGUAGCUAUGAACUUCUCUGUAUUUGUUCAUUGUAUCAUGUGGAAACAAAUGGUGACAUGCGUUCAUACAGAGUUGGUGGGUGUGGAUUUAAGGCAUCGGUUUGUCAGUCAGGGUAAUCACUUAAGAUCUUCCAUUUUAAAUUGUUCAUGAGACAAAGUAACACAAUGGGAAUGAAGUCUGUUCCUAGAAGUCACUGCUGCUUAACUAAGCACUAUUUUUGUUUCGAUGAAUGCUGCUUUUAUAUGAUUUAGGGCUCUGGUUUGUUUUCACAUCAGUACCUUUUCUUUUUUUUUUUAAAGACCCCCUUCCUCAAUUAUUUUGUGAAAAAUGUCAUUAUUUUUGUAUCCCUUCCGUUUCUGAUGAUGAUUGUAUGUUCCUCGUUGAAAGACUUCAUUAUUUUGUUACUUGUUGAUGAAAUGCGAUCGGGUAGAGGAAUGUAGUAACAUCUUGAUUACAUGUAUCAUUCCGGUUUAUACAUAACAGAGGAAAACAUGUAUAAAAAGGCAGAUUUCUUUGCUUUUAGGAUAAUCUCCAGAACGCUGCGAGGCCAAGAUGAACCACAAGUAUCGGGUGCCUUCCUUUGGAAAUACGAGCUCUCUUCUGUGAAGAGUACGGUACUAAACAAGGCUACUAGUUAGUUGUUGUUGUACCACCAAUAUGAAUGCCCAUUCCAAUGGCAUAAUUUAUCCAUUUUUUAUUUAUUUUUUAUUUAUCCACAAAAUGAAAAAUUAUCUUCUCACAAAAAAUAAAAACCCAGGGCAUUA